CACCUUCUUCUCCCCAACUCCUCUCCCAUACAAAACUGCAUCUUCAACUGCCAAAUAAAAUUCAAAAAAAAAAAAAAAAAAAACCCAAAAGAACAGAAGAACAGUCUUCAAAAAUGUCUACUGAAUCCCUGUUUUCCUUCAUCCCUUUAAGUGGUUACUCCCAAACUGUGCUCAAUUUUGAGGUUUUCCUCUGCCUUGUCCUGUUUCUCUCUGUUUUCGCCUUCUGGCUUACCCCUGGAGGACUUGCUUGGGCGAUUUCAGCCGCCGCCUCCAGGUCUGGUGCUUUUCAAAACAAGGCCUGGAAUGCCAUUCCAGGCCCAUCUGGGCUACCCCUUUUGGGUUUGGUCUUUGCUUUCACUGGCUCCCUAACUCAUAGGGUUCUUGGAAAGCUUUCCAGGAGCUUAAAGGCUGAAUCUUUAAUGGCUUUCUCAGUUGGGUUCACCCGUUUCAUCAUUUCCAGCACACCUGAGACUGCUAAAGAAGUGCUUAACAGCUCUGCUUUUGCUGAUAGGCCUGUUAAGGAGUCUGCUUAUGAGCUCUUGUUUCACAGGGCCAUGGGCUUUGCUCCUUAUGGCGAAUACUGGAGGAACCUCAGGAGGAUUUCAGCCACUUAUUUGUUCAGUCCUAAGAGGAUUUCUCACUCUGGGGUGUUCAGGACAGAGGUUGGGAUGAAAAUGGUGGGGGAAAUUAAGAGGGUGAUGGAGGGAAAUGGCCAAGUUGGGGUGAAAAAAAUCCUGCAUUUUGGGUCAUUGAAUAAUGUGAUGAUGAGUGUGUUUGGGAAAUGCUAUGACUUCAACACCCAUGGUGGUGAUGAUGAAGGGGCUGAACAGCUGGAAUCCUUGGUUAGUGAAGGGUAUGAGUUACUUGGGAUAUUCAACUGGACUGACCAUUUCCCUAUUUUGGGAUGGUUUGAUUUGCAAGGUGUGAGGAAGAGGUGCAGGGAACUGGUUGCUAAGGUGAAUGUGUUUGUUGGGAACAUCAUUGAGGAACACAGGCUGAAAAGAGCUGAGAAGAUUGAUGCCGAUGAAGAUAUUGAGGUUUCUGGUGACUUUGUGGAUGUCCUUCUUGAUUUGGAGAAGGAGAACAAGCUCAGUGAUUCUGACAUGAUUGCUGUACUCUGGGAGAUGAUCUUCAGAGGAACAGACACAGUGGCAAUCCUGUUGGAAUGGAUUCUUGCGAGAAUGGUUCUGCAUCCUGAUAUUCAAUCCAAAGCUCAGUCUGAAAUUGACAGUCUGGUUGGUGUUGGCGAAAACAGGCGAAUGAUCACUGAUUCGGACCUGCCUAACUUGCCUUACCUCCAUGCCAUAGUGAAAGAAACACUCAGGAUGCAUCCUCCAGGUCCUCUGCUCUCCUGGGCUAGGCUUGCCAUCCAUGACACUCAGGUCGGCAACCAUUUCAUCCCAGCUGGUACUACCGCAAUGGUGAACAUGUGGGCGAUAACCCAUGAUGAAAAUGUCUGGUCUGAACCUGAGAAGUUCAUGCCUGAGAGGUUCAUUGAGCAGGAUGUUCACAUUAUGGGGUCCGAUCUGAGGCUGGCUCCAUUUGGUUCAGGGAGGAGAGUUUGCCCAGGCAAGGCACUUGGACUUGCCACUGUCCAGCUCUGGUUAGCUCAGUUGUUGCAGAACUUCAAGUGGAUCCCUUGUGAUGACGGCGACAACAACAUUGUGGACUUGUCUGAAUGCCUGAAGAUGUCAAUGGAGAUGAAAACUCCCCUGGUUUGCAGGGCUGUUCCUAGGCUUUCUUGAACAUUUUGUCUGGUGGAUCUCAACCAUGAUUUUGGGAAAGCUUCAUAUGGGAGAUCAUCAUCAACGUCACCGUCAGCAUCGACAUCAUCAAGAAAUAUGUCAAUUACUCUAAAUUACUAUUGGUUUGUUUUACCAAGUAUGGUAAAUUUGUAGUCUGUUUAAUUUAGUAUCAGUAGUAGGGGUUACUUUUGGUGAUGAAUUCUCUAGUAGUAGAAUAGUAGUAGUAGAAGCAGUUAACCAGGGAAAUGUGGUAGGGGGAAAGUGACAAAAAACAAAAAAAAACUUAUUAUAUAUUAUUAUGUUCAUUUAAAGACCUGCUUUUGCUGCUAGUUUUUUUGGCUGAAAUUUGCUGGUUGGAUUUUGAUUUGCUCAUUAUUUGCUUUGGUUACUGUUUCAAUUGAUUUGAGGCACUUCAAAAAAAGGGGUGAUGACAAUUAUUUAUGAUGUCAUUUGGUUGGUGCAGUUUUCUUUCUUGUCUUUAUGACCAUAAAAAAGGAAGUUUUGGUUUUGAUAUUAAUUGCCUAAUUUAAUUAAAAACAUAGAGGAGGCUGCCAGAGCACAAUUUAAUGUGCAACAACAGCCUAAAGUGAAAGGAAAACAUAAGGUUCUGUUCUGUGUUUUUAUGUAUGCAGAAACUAGUAGAGUGGGGAUGAAUGAGUAGGAUGGUGGACAGUGAUUUUGCUUCUUUUCGUUUCCAAAAUCUUUAUUCCUCCUCACUAAGCCAUUUGAAUUGGAUGCAGAGUGAAUUGCGAAAUUCCCCCCCCUUUAACUAUGUGUAGAUGGCUAAACAUUCC